AUGAUGUCUGGUGGAAAGAAACGAAAAGUAGAUACAGACGGUCGCCAUUUUCAAGAAAAAUGGACUGAAGAAUUCUUUUUUAUCUUGCACAAUGGUAAGCCUAUUUGUUUGCUUUGUAAUGAAUCCAUUUCGGUAAUGAAAGAAUUCAAUAUAAAGAGGCAUUACUCAACUAAGCAUGCUACACAGCACUCACUGACAGGACAAUUAAGAACAGACAAAAUCCAGAAGCUUAAAGCAAAUAUUGAAAAACAGCAACAAAUGUUUCAUAAACAAAGAACACAACUUGAUAAUGUUGUGAAAGCUAGUUUUAUAGUUAGCUCAAAAUUGACAAAGGCAUUAAAACCAUUUGCCGAAGGAGAAUUUAUCAAGGAGUGUAUGUUGGAAGUUUGCGGUAUUUUGUGUCCUGGAAAGAAAAAUGAAUUUGAAAAAAUUAGUUUGUCAAGACGAACUGUUGUUCGACGUAUAGAAAUGAUGGCUAAUGAUAUAAAAACAACAUUGACUGACCGUAUGGCUGGUUUUGAUUCAUUUUCCAUAGCAUUAGACGAGAGCACCGAUUUGUCUGGCACAGCUCAACUGACUAUAUUUAUUCGAGGUAUUGAUAAGGAGUUCACUGUUACUGAGGAAUUGCUAGCUUUACAGCCGCUAAAAGCAACCACUACAGGAGAGGAUAUUUUUAAUGAAGUUCAAAAGGUAUUCACAAGUUUUGGCCUGCCAUGGUCAAAAUUAAUUGGAGUAUGCACUGAUGGUGCACCUUCUAUGGUCGGCUUACGAAAAGGUGGUUUCAUCGGAAUUUUGAAUAAAAAAGCAUCAGAAUUAAAUGUGCAAAAAGAUGAUUUGAUAGUCCUUCAUUGUAUUAUCCACCAACAGAACUUGUGUUCUAAGUCCAUUCGACUCCACAAUGUUAUGAAUGUGGUAGUAAAAACCAUCAAUUUUAUUCGAUCCCGAGGGCUUAACCAUCGUCAGUUCAAGACGUUUUUGGAUGAAAUAUCAUCUGAAUAUAACGAUGUAACAUAUUAUUGUGAAGUCAGAUGGAUGAGGAAAGGAAAAAUGUUGAAACGGUUUUACGAGCUUAGAAAUGAGAUAGCAGACUUUAUGAAAAUAAAAGAUAAGCCACUAUCUGAAUUGAGUGACCCAAAAUGGAUAUGUGAUUUAGCAUUGUUAUGUACCCUGUAUAUUGUCACCUUUACGUCUUUGUUGGUUGUCACAUUAAUUGAACCUCGUUUGGUUGCUGAAAUGUACUGCUCGCUCUUGGCAACCAAAAUUUUAAUUGGUGUAUCAAGUGGCUCAAAUGUUCUGGCGAUGUCUUCCCUGUUUAUAAUAUGA